UUAUCUUCAGUUCUUCACCUUGACCCCUUUUAAGGUUUAUAAACCUCUUUCAACCAAAGAACCCAUUCUGCUCAACCAGAAGUAGACAACAGCUUGAAAGUUCAAAGCGAACACCAAAGCCACAUUUUUUUCCCCCAAAUACAUAUGAAUGGCCCCUCUUUUCAGGCCUAGUAGCUCUCUCAAACGCAUGGCCUCUCGUUUUCUCACAUCCGUUCACUCUUUUCAUUCUCAUGGCCACUGUCAUUUCGCGCCCUCCUCUACUUGUGCCGUCGCUCGACCCUCCUUCAUACUUCUCAACAGCAGUCUUGUCUGUUCCAGAGCAAGUGAUAGGUUGAGCUUGAGGAAUGUUUCAACCAAGUUUAUGCAAUGGAAUGCUGUGGUUCCCAGAGCAUUUAUGUCAUCAACUAUCAGCAGCGAGGCUGUUCGUGAAAGUAAAGUUUCGAAAGAAUAUGGAUCAGAUCAGAUUCAGGUAUUGGAAGGUUUAGACCCGGUAAGAAAACGACCUGGAAUGUACAUAGGAAGCACUGGAUCCCGUGGUCUUCAUCAUCUGGUUUAUGAAAUCUUGGAUAAUGCCAUUGAUGAGGCACAAGCCGGAUUUGCUUCAAAAAUUGAUGUUAUUCUACUUGCAGAUAAUUCAGUGAGCAUAACAGACAAUGGGCGUGGAAUCCCAACUGAUUUACAUCCAACAACUAAAAAGUCUGCUUUGGAGACUGUCUUAACGGUUUUGCAUGCAGGUGGGAAGUUUGGUGGUUCAAGUAGCGGUUACAGUGUAUCGGGUGGUCUACAUGGUGUGGGUUUAUCAGUAGUUAAUGCGCUGUCUGAGGACCUUGAAGUUACUGUGUGGCGCGAUGGUAAGGAGUACAAGCAGAAAUAUUCCCGCGGAAGGCCUGUGACAAACUUAGUCUCUAACGAGCUUCCAUUUGAUAUGAGAGACCGUCAAGGGACUCGCAUACAUUUUUGGCCCGACAAACAAGAAAUAUUCACGACUGCUGUUGAGUAUGACUACAACACAAUUUCUGGAAGAAUUAGGGAGCUUGCUUUCCUCAAUCCUCAGGUCACAAUUGUACUUGAAAAGGAGGACACAGACCCAGAGAAGAGGUUGCAUAAUGAGUAUAACUAUGCUGGAGGAUUAGUGGAGUAUGUGAAAUGGCUUAAUGCCGAUAAGAAACCUCUUCAUGAUGUCGUGGGUUUUAGGCAAGAAGCUGAUGGAAUCUCAAUUGAUGUAGCACUUCAGUGGUGUGCAGAUGCAUAUUCAGAUACGUUAUUAGGAUAUGCCAACAGCAUUAGAACUGUGGAUGGUGGCACUCACAUUGACGGGGUGAAAGCAUCGUUAACUAGAACGCUCAACAACCUAGGAAAGAAGUCCAAAGUCAUUAAGGAAAAGGAUAUUAGCUUAAGUGGUGAGCACGUGAGAGAGGGAUUGACUUGUGUCAUCUCUGUCAAAGUUCCAAACCCAGAAUUUGAAGGACAGACAAAGACACGAUUAGGAAAUCCUGAGGUGAGGAAAGUGGUCGAUCAAUCUAUCCAAGAAUAUCUUACUGAGUACCUCGAGUUGCAUCCGGAUGUUCUUGAUGCGAUUCUUUCAAAGUCCCUCAAUGCUCUCAAGGCAGCACUAGCUGCAAAGAGGGCAAGGGAAUUGGUGAGACAAAAGAGCGUUUUGAAAUCAUCUUCCCUUCCUGGAAAGCUUGCUGAUUGUUCAUCUACAAAUCCUGAAGAAUCUGAGAUAUUCAUAGUUGAGGGUGACUCAGCUGGUGGGAGUGCCAAACAAGGCCGCGAUCGCCGGUUUCAGGCCGUGCUUCCUUUAAGGGGUAAAAUUCUCAACAUUGAGAGAAAGGAUGAAGCUGCUAUGUACAAAAAUGAAGAGAUUCAAAAUCUUAUUCUUGGUCUUGGACUUGGAGUGAAGGGUGAAGAUUUUAAUAAAGAUUCUCUACGUUAUCACAAAAUCAUAAUAUUAACCGAUGCUGAUGUUGACGGGGCUCACAUACGAACAUUGUUGUUGACCUUUUUCUUUCGCUAUCAGAGAGCUUUGUUCGACGAAGGGUUGAGACGCGCAAGCGAGCAUAUUACUGUUACGAUGACCAUGAUCUCAAUCGCCAUAUACGUGAACUUUCUCCGAAUUCAUACACAAUUCAGAGGUUUAAAGCUUUGGGAAACAACCUUGAAUCCCGAGACGAGAUUGCUGAAGCAAUUAAAAGUCGAGGAUGUUGCUGAGGCUAAUGUUGUCUUUUCGUCUCUCAUGGGAUCUCGA